GCUAUUGUCAUGGAAACUAGACCACCGCCUCGCUAUUGUCUCGCGCCCUGCCAAGUUUAUUAUAAACACCGCGCGAGCCGCAGCAGCGCUGUCAAACGGAGCGCGAGCGCAGAGCGAGCUGCAAGUCCAGAGGAAGACACGGACACACACGGACACACACACACACACUAACACACACUGAGAGGAGCUGCAGCUGCACACACAACAUCUGGAUUACUACCCGGGAGAACCAGCGGUGAGAUAUAAACCAGAAAGUUUGGGAGGGAGCAGCGAGCUGAGUCUGGAGGUUGUGGAGAGAAACUGGGACUGUGAGUGAAAGCUGCACCUGAAGCCUCUCGGACUCACAGUUCACCUCCUCGUCGUGUUUUUGCAGACCGGUGUUCGCACCGGCUGAACCUCCAUGUAUAAGAUGGAUUACUCCUACCUGAACUCCUAUGACUCCUGCAUGGCGGCCAUGGAAGCGUCGGCCUACGCGGACUUCAGCUCCUGCAGCCAGGCCAGCUCCUUCCAGUACAACCCGAUCCGGAGCGGUCCGUUCUCCAACCCGGGCUGCACUCCGCUCAGCACGGCCAGCUGCACUCUGGGAGCCCUGCGGGAGCACCAGCCCACCCCGUACUCCUCAGUCCCUUACAAGUUUUUCUCGGACCCCUCCGGCCUGAACGAGAAGAGGAAGCAGCGGCGCAUCCGGACCACCUUCACCAGCUCCCAGCUGAAGGAGCUGGAGCGGGUCUUCGCCGAGACGCACUAUCCAGACAUCUACACCCGAGAGGAGCUGGCUCUGAAGAUAGACCUGACCGAGGCCCGGGUCCAGGUGUGGUUUCAGAACAGGCGUGCCAAGUUCCGUAAGCAGGAGCGAGCAGCCAAUGCCAAAGCCAACAGCUCUGGUGGCACCACAGGCAGCAACGGCAGCAGCAGCUCUGGAGGGAAGAAGGGCGGAGAGCCGAGGUCUUCAUCAGAUGAUGACGAGUCCAAAGAGUCCACCUGCAGCCCCACACCUGACAGCACGGCCUCCCUGCCCGGCUCGGCCAACGGAAACCUGGGCAGCCCUGCCAGCCUGAGCCCCAGUCCAGCUCCCACCAACAGCGGCUACGCCAACACCUCCAGCUCUCCGGUUCUCCAGGGGCUGAAGCCUCCCAGCUGGUCCAGCCUGGGCCCGUCCAACCCGGCCGUGGCUCAGCCUGCUGCCCAGACUCAGGAGAUUCUGAAGGCCUGGCAGCCGGCGGACAGUAUGACCGGGCCCUUUGCCGGAGUCCUGUCCUCCUUCCACAGAAAACCCAAUCCCACCAUCAAGACGAAUCUGUUCUGAAGCACAGAGGAAGAGAAAAGCAGAAACAAACUGGAACAGAGAGGAGUUUCUAGCCUUGGCGGAGAGACUUGCCCAUUAUAGCGCUGAAUUCACUGGUGUAGUCUGCUGUAGUUCAGCGAGGCCCUCGGUUCUUCCCUGAAAAACUGUCCUGUCAAACUGUUUCCAAGCUCAGAUAAUAAAAUCACAGGUCUGGUCACUGUUUCACACCUAAAUAUUAUGCAACACUAUACCUGCUAAACCUUCCUGGACAUGGACAGAGAAAAUUUCACUCUCAGUUGGUGUUCAAAUCCCUCUUUCUCAGACAAAACUAAAAGACACACUUUAUUGAAGGACGUUGAAAUAUACAGCGUCAAAAGGAUGUUUGUGUACAGCUGGAUCAGAUAUGCAUUCACACAUUCAGUCUCUUUUCUGUCUCACAUUCUCACACUCACUGCAUCGCAACACACCCUGUUCUGAUGAGCAUGGCGGUCAGGUACGAGCUUAAAUCAGAAGUCUAAACAUCACGCUCCAGUCUCUGCUGGGGAAACUAAACAAACAAACUUUUACCCCUCAAGCACAACUUCCUCUAAGCCCCCUGACACACAGGCUUCCCCAACAAGGAACAGGGUCCCCCUAAAUCUCUUUGCCGAGCAGAGCGGGGCACCCCGAAAUCCAAUUAGAGCAGCCGGGUCUCAGACAAGACACCUCCCCAGUUCACCUCAUCCCCUCCCCUCCUUCUUCACUGUAUCAAGUCCUGACUCCCACAGUCUCAUCGUCCCUGAUGCUUUAUGUCCCAUCAUGCCUUUCUCUGUCGGAACACAAGUCUGCAAGGGAAGGAGAUGGAGAAAUUCAGGUGCUCAAACCCAUUUUCAGUCCACAUACUGCAGUUUCCUGCUAUGUUCUUUGGGUGGAGAAGCGAUGAGUAAACUGGAGCCCACACAUUUAUCAGUCCCAUUAUAACUGACUUGUGCUGUUACUGUCAUUGUACUACAUCUGGUUUCUCUCUUUAACCACAGACUGAGGAGUUUUUUGAUGAUUCUCCUGCUCAAAUGACUUCCAACUCACUCUGAUUCCUUUAUUUUCAGCCAAGUUUUCUUAACUCCAAAACACAAAACAAGCUGGUCAAAGACUGGCAGUAUAGGGAGAUGGAGUUUUCUACUGUAUGUUCACUUAUACCCUGAUUUUGUUCCUGUUUACAUUCUUUUUAUGUGUGCGUGUGUGUGUGUGUGCAAAAAACGCAACACUUUGUACAUUCUUUCACCUCGCAAAGUUGCUUGUGAAUCACUUCUGUUUCAAUAUAUCGAAAAUCUCUGAAACUGAUUUCAGAGGGAGGGUUAACUCCAGAAAUCUACUUAAAAGGGGAAAAAAAAACAUGUAUUUAUUAAUAUUUUUUAUUAUGUCAGUGACAAACUUACAUUUAUUUGAACUGCUCCAUAAAAUUUUGUGACUGUAAAUUCUGUAAUUAGUAAUAUAAAUAUUAGGUAGCUUUUUUUUUUUUUUUUUGCUUUACAGAUCCAUUUCCAUUGCAGAGCAUCUGUCUCACAGACCAACACAUCAAUGAAAUCUAAGAAUUGACAGAAAGCUCUAGCAAAUAAGAAGUUAUAGCACUACUCUGAAUAUUCUAAUAAAUCUACAUUAUGGAGGCACUACCUGA